GAAGGCUUAGCUCUUCUGCACAGUUAGCUCUACCCGAUUGUGUCUCGGAGGGAGCAGAACUCGGGCUGCUGCAAGGUGGCUGCGGCGGCGACGGGAGUAACAAUAUGCUGCCUUGUACAGUAUUUGAAGUAUAGGUUCCUUUGUUUGCCGGGAUAGAUGCAGGUUAUCACGUUUUUUAGCCUGCCGCUGUGGAAGGAGUAGCUGGGGAGCCCGAUAGGAAUGCUUUUUACAUGUGAAGAUGCAAACACCUUGCCAAGCGAUUGCUUGACUUUUUGGAAAAAGAGUGCUCGUUUCUUUAAAAAAAUGGUACUGCUCCCCUUCCUCCCCCUUCCAGCCCUUGUUUGAACCCGGUGCAGCUCCUGGAAAAGCCAGGAUUUUUGUCCCUUGCCAUGAGAAGGUUGCUGCGUCUUUUGUGUGAGGAGAGAGCCCUUCAGUUUUCAGGGUACCAUCUGCCAUUCUUCCUGUUUUCAGCUGCACACGGGUCUUGGAACAACAUCACCCCCACAUCUGCAAUAAUUAAUGUGUCCCUUCGCAUUUAUUCCUCUUCUGGAUAAAUAUUGGCCUUGCAUACAGUGCUGAAGAAAUUAAUUCUGCUAGACUUUGUCUCAAGGAAAACAGGCUUAAGAUUCUUUUUGCCCACCACCGUCCUUAUAUGCAUACAGCGUGAAUGCCAGGUAACAAAGACAUACCAGUGAAGCCUCAUUCGGUUUGGCUGGCACCCCCUUAGUGCGCCAGCCUUUCAGAAUCCUGAUUUUAACAUCCCAUUGCUAGCAACAACAAAACAUACCUACUUUCGUUAUGAAACCUUACAUUCUGAUCCCACCAUUAAAAAAAAAAGUUCAACAAAGAUGAGUCUUUGUGGAGUCUAUCCAAAAUGAUGUUUUUGACAUGGCUGGUAGGGGACAAUGUCACUGCAGAAGAUGCAGGAGACUAUUAUAUUUCUCAAGUAGGCUUUGCAAAAGAGAGGGGAAAGGGGGGGGAAGAUGUUUUUUAUCUGUACUGAUUAAUGUCCAUAUUCCUAACAGGGCAGAUAGUCUCAUUUAUCCUUUUAUUGUGCAACAUUGUCGGCUUGUGUUCUGCAGUAAUAGCAUUAAUCUGGUUUUGUAACUUUCUGAUCUUCGUUAGCAAAGGACAAAAGCUUAGGAAGGACACUGGUUUUCACAGUAACGAAAACCUUUGUUAUCUGUUGGUUGUUCUUCUAACUGCAGCAUGCCUGUUCUUCUCAAUGAAAUGUCCAGGGCGCCUUAAAUCUGUGCCUUCGAAUGUCUGGAGCGUUGAUUCAUUCAUAAUCGGUGGAUUAGUGUAACGUUUUUAUAUUGGAGUUUCCCGUCAUGCUUUAUGCUUUCUUAACAUUCAUUCACAAGAUCACAGGUGAUGUGUUUGCUGUUGAAGAGUCACUCGGGGCUUUAAAAGGGAUUUUGCUCAGAAUAAAACUCGUUUCAGUAAACCAAUGGAGGCCAUUUGGAUGUUUUCUUAAAGCCUAUGUGGGCAACUGGCAGACCGGGAAGAGGGCUCUGUCCAGCUCUCAAGAAGCGUCCCUUUUUUCAACUUGUGCCACCCUUGUUCACAAGGUGUACGAUAUUGGUUGCUACCAAGAACUGCUGGCGCCGUGUUUUUGUCUGGCUCCUCAUGACAACAUCAACCAAAUCACUGAAAUCAUCCUCGGGGAGACCAAAGCCUAUGUGUUCUUUGAGAGGAGUCAUGGAGACAUGCAUUCCUUUGUUCGUAACUGCAAGAAGCUGAAGGAGGAGGAAGCUGCCAAGCUCUUCUAUCAGAUAGCAUCUGCUGUAGCGCAUUGCCAUGACGGUGGGCUGGUAUUGCGGGAUCUUAAGCUGCGGAAAUUCAUCUUCAAGGAUGAAGACAGGACUAGAGUAAAAUUGGAGAGCCUUGAAGAUGCUUACAUUUUGCGAGGAAAUGAUGACUCCCUUUCCGAUAAGCAUGGGUGCCCCGCCUACGUGAGUCCAGAGAUCUUGAACACAAAUGGCAGCUACUCUGGAAAGGCAGCCGACGUGUGGAGCCUGGGGGUCAUGCUUUACACGAUGCUGGUUGGACGCUACCCUUUUCAUGACAUUGAGCCUAGUUCUCUCUUCAGCAAGAUCCGUCGCGGGCAGUUCAGCAUUCCAGAGACUUUAUCCCCUAAGGCAAAAUGCCUUAUUCGUAGCAUCCUGCGCCGGGAGCCCUCGGAAAGGCUGACCUCGCACGAAAUUCUGGACCACCCUUGGUUUUCCACAGAUUUUAAUGUGUCUAAUUCAGGAUAUGGUGCUAAGGAAGUAACAGAUCAGCUGGUGCCUGAUGUCAAUAUGGAGGAGGACUCGGACCCAUUCUUCAACUGAACAUGACAUGUUAUGUUUGGGCAGUUGCAUGGUGCAGAAAAAAGAUAACGUGAAGGGAGUCUUUUCUGAUCAUGCAGAAAUGACAUUUGUGUGUCAGCCUGGCUUGAUAGCAAAAAGAAGAAAAGAAAAAUGACUUGGGAGGAGAUACCGUUUUUUUAUUUUUUGCUUUCUUCGGUCGGAAAAAGAGUGCCCAAGAAAAGAGCUAAGACAACUCUCUCAUGAAGAUGCCUGGAUGGGAGGAAUAAUUGCUAUCAAGUUAGAUUGACAAGGAACAAGAAGGAGGCGGCAGCAGCAUGGAGCAACUGUAGCUUCUCAUCUUUAUGGAGCCAAGGACACUGCACAUUCAUUCGGGUUCCUGGGCAGCCACUGAUCCACUCCUGAUUCCGUUUCAUUCAGAUACUUAAAGGGUUCCCAGUUGAAUAAAAACUUUUGCCUCAACUUGCAUCUUGGCAUCGCACUGUUAGAUAUUUAACUUCAGCCAUUAUUCAGGGAAGGUACAAUUAGCUAUUACGUUAUUCCAUUUUGUUUCCUGUUUCUAAAAAAGAAAACCCUGAUGUUUAAUUGUUACAGUGGGGUUAAUCUUCGGGAGGGAGGUUGGGAAGAGCACAAAUGAAGACGUGGGAAGUUGGGGGGCUUAAAGGAAGCUUUUUAGUUCAUGUUCUGUGAAUGGCUAAUUCUGAAUUCACAGUUUUUCUAAAUCAACAACUUCUUGUCUGGAGAAAUGAUAUUUGAAAUGUUCUGUUCUUUUCAUGAGAGAAGGG